AAGCAGUGCUGGCUUCCAUGCAUUCCUGAGCUACCUGGGUCUUACUUCAAGCAGGUCCGAGGAGUCUUCAGCAUUACGCUCCAGAUCCAGGCUCCCUCCCAAAACAACUGAGAGCCUCACGGCGAGCCUUGCAACUGCCUUCAUAUUCAGGUCAAGCGAGCAUCUGAACUAUCUGGUUAUGGCACCACUACUACCAGCUUCGAUGGCACAAUACACCUACAGCACCCUGAAACCAUCCAACUUCCGAUUUUUGAUUUUGCUACCCGGCGAUGGUGACGAUAUUGUGAACUGCCUGCUCCAAGAAAGUAUCAUACGCCAGCCCAAUUCCGAGUACGAAGCACUAUCGUAUGUAUGGGGCGACGACAAGAAACCGCACCUGGUCCUAUGCGAGGGGAAGGAAUUAGCCGUUACGACAUCACUAUGGACUGCCCUUCGCCGACUCAGACUACCGCAGGAGCGUCGUACUCUUUGGGCAGAUGCAAUAUGUAUCAACCAAGCGGACCUCGGAGAGCGAGCGGACCAAGUUCAGCUCAUGCGCCAGAUUUACGAUGGGGCGGCUCGCGUCAUUAUCUGGCUCGGAGAAGAAACUGAUGUCAUGAGAAGAGCAUUUCCGCUCAUAGACCACUUCACAAUAUCAAACCAAAUAGUAUUGCAGCAUUUCUUUGAAAACCCAUGGUUUCUGCGCGCUUGGGUGUUCCAGGAAGCUGUAUGUGCAAAGUCCGCAAUUGUUCAAUGUGGUGGCCUGCAGAUCGACUUCGAGAUCCUCGAGCUCUUUGCCACUCUUUUCUUCGUGAACGAACUCACCACCAUACUUCCCACAGCAGAGAGCCGAGGCUCCCAUCACCAACUAUACGCCAUACGAAAUGUAAGAAGACUUUAUGCCCGGGGCGAGAAACACACCAUCUUCAGGCUCCUUGCUGGCUCCGCUGGAGCCGGCGCCAAAGAUCCUCGAGACCAAUUGUUCUCGUUGGCAAGGGAUUGCAGCCGGGCAGCCUUUACCGUACCCCCCUAACUACACUCAAGAUGUCAUAUCUUGGUACAGGGACUUCUCAGCACACGCGCUACGCACAGAACCCGGCAUGGUGGCCCUUGAGGAGUGUUUUCUUUGUCCAGACCGGUUACCUGGUCUCCCGUCCUGGGCCCGUGACUGGACUGGUUCUCGAUAUG